AAGUUGAAAUAUUAGUUAGCAAGUUCUGUUAAGAUUACACAUCAGUUAUUAACAACAACAUGGCUUCUAUUACAUCCAUUGUUAAGACCUGUGAUUUUAUCAGGUCAAGACCUGUCUUGUCAAGAGUCCUCAUUCCUCUUUCCCAACUUUUCACCUCAUUCUCUGGUUACAGACAAAUGGGAUUAAAAUAUAACGAUUUACUUAUGGAAGAAACUCCUGUUAUGCAAACUGCUAUCCGUAGAUUGCCAGAAGACUUAAGUUACGCUAGAAACUACAGAAUUCUUACUGCCCAUCAACUUGCUUUGACCCAUCAAUUAUUACCAGCUGACAAGGCUGUUAAGCCAGAAGAAGAUGAUCAUUACUUGAUUCCAUACAUCUUGGAAGCUGAAGCUGAAGCAUUUGAAAAGGCUGAAUUGGAUAAUAUUGAAGUUUAAGCCAGUCUUCAAACUUGGCAUAGAAACAGUUUAUGCAAGUUCAAUAACAUAUUAGAACCGGCUCAAUUUUAUUAAUCCAUAAAUCUAUACAUAGCAAAAAAUAAUAUAAUAUACGAUUUUAUCUUACAAUGACAGUGUAAUGCUUAAUAAAUAUCCAUAUUAAAA